UUGGGCAUAUCCACCCAUCUCAUCAUCAAUUGUGUAUCUUGUCUUUUUUGUUCCCUCACAGUGUAAGAGAGAAAUAUAAAAAUGGGUCAUUUCGUGACACUAAUAUUGUGCCUCAUUUUGUCUUUGUUUGCUCUCGGUUCUUCUUCUGGUUUUUACACAGAAGACCCAAUUUACAAAACCCAUGGAGGGGUCAUUGGUGCUUCAAGAAGAAGUAUAUCACCAAGGCCUUUCAAUGUGGAUGAUUUUGGAGCUAAAGGUGAUGGAAUAGGUGAUGACACUAAGGCAUUUAAGAAAGCAUGGGAGGCAGCUUGUUCUUCCAAAGCAAUCAGUCCUGUAAUUGUGGUUCCUAAGAGCAAGACUUACCAUCUCAAUCCAAUUACAUUCUCUGGUCCUUGCAACUCCAAUCUUGUUUUGGCGAUUUUUGGAACAAUCCAAGCAUCCACUGAACGAUCAAACUAUGCAAAAGAUGGGAAGCAUUGGAUUAAGUUUGAGAAUGUGCAGAAUUUCAGAGUUAAAGGUGGUGGUAUCAUCAAUGGCAAUGGCAAAAUAUGGUGGGAGAACUCUUGCAAAGUCGAUGAAAGACUGCCUUGCACUCUGGCACCAACGGCAAUGACAUUCAUUGGAUGCAAGAACUUGAUAGUGGCAAAUCUGUGGUUCAAGAAUGCACAGAAGAUGCAUGUUUCAUUUCAAGAUAGCGAGAAUGUGCAGGUCUUGAAUCUGCUGGUGACUGCACCUGGAAACAGCCCCAACACUGAUGGAAUUCAUGUCACAAAUACACAAAAUAUUAGAAUCCAGAAUUGUGACAUCAGGACAGGUGAUGACUGUAUUUCAAUAGUUAGUGGGUCUAAAAAUGUGGAGGCCACUGAUAUAACUUGUGGACCUGGUCAUGGCAUAAGCAUUGGAAGCUUGGGAGCUAAUAAUUCACAAGCAAAUGUUACCGGGGUCACAGUCAACAGAGCACGACUUUCUGGUACCACAAAUGGACUUAGAAUCAAGACUUGGCAGGGAGGGUCUGGAUAUGCCAAUAACAUAAUAUUCCAAAAUGUGGUGAUGAACAAUGUGAGCAACCCCAUAAUUGUUGACCAAAACUAUUGUGAUAAAAAACAACCAUGCCAACAGAAGGUCUCUGCAGUGCAAGUGAGCAACAUAGUGUACAGUAACAUCAGAGGCAGCAGUGCCUCUGCAGUGGCAACAAACUUCGAUUGCAGCAGACAGUUUCCAUGUAAAGGAAUUAUGUUGCAGGACAUAAAUCUUGUGAGUGAAGAACGAGGAUUAGAAUCCAAAGCUUCGUGUGUUAAUGUCAAAUUCACAAGAAAAGGACAUGUCUCUCCACAGUGUUCUAAAUAUUAGAAAUAUAAGCAUUAAUUCAUAUAUAUAUAUAUAUAUAUAUAUAUAUAUAUAUAUUCUCUUAUGCGGACACCGGCAAGUUACAUUAAUUUAAGCACACUUUUUUGAUAGUGUAGAUGAAUGAAAUGACAAGUGGGGACCAUUGUUUUGGGUCCCACAUGUUCCAAAUCAAUAGUGAAAUUGAGAUGCGUAAGUUAAUAUAACUUGCGGG